AUGCAUGAUUCAGCUACAAAGUUAAGAACCCACAUUAUGCAUAUCUCAUCUCACAUAUAUCGUACAUUAUGUUCACAGUUGUCAAAAGCGUUGGUAAGCGGAAGCGAAUGGCCCGAUAAAGAUGAAUUGCUGGAUGUAUUAUAUUGGGGAAGGCAGCUUCUUGCACUUAUAAUUGGUAUUUUUUGGGGUUUCAUACCUCUACAUGGCUUUCUGGCUAUCGUUCUCUAUAUCAUAAUUUCUACUGCAGUUGGUCAAUUUUAUACUACCAAUUUUCAGAAGGUGGAUGAAGAUUCACUGGGUGGAUUUUGGGAAUUAGCAAAAGAAGGUUUUGGAUCUGCAUUCGCAACGUUCAUGGUUUCAUGGAUAGGCGUUUAUUCCGCUUCACAUUUUAAUUGA